AUGCCCAUUAAUUGGCAAAAUGUCUUUCUGGGACUGAAGGUGCUUCUCAAGGACUCUGUUAAGUGGCUUCCCAAGUCUCCCAAACUGUACAGUGGCCAUAACUGGAGCUCCCAGGGCUCUCGCUGGGCCUCAUUGAAAGGAAAGGAAGGUUUCCAUGGUGGUAAUCUGUACAAAUUGAGCUCUGCUAAUGGAAAAUGGAGAGAAGGAAGGAUCAGUCCUGAGCAAGAAGCAGAGGAACUCGAGGAUCCUGAUGAUGAACCUAUUUCCAAGUUUUCGGGCAGCCUUUUUGAUASUAAUGAUAGCGUGAGAGAUCAAAGAAGUACCAGAACAACGCUUCAAGAAAAGCACAAGCUGGCAAUGAAAGGGAAGACUCAUUCAGGAUCCAGCACUAAGGGGCAGCCUCCCGUCUCAGCAGCAGGCAGCUUCCCCAGCGAGAGCGGCCGGAUGGCGGAGGAACGGCGGGUGCUGGAUGUGCCACAGCCCCCGCUGAAGGUAACCAUUACAGUGUGCAGUCAAAUGGGGAGYCUUGGUAUUAGCAUUGCUGGUGGAAAGGGCUCAUCUUCAUGUAAAGAAAGUGAUGAGGGGAUCCUGAUUGCUCGGCUGCCGAAAGAUGGUCCAWCAGACUUGGCUGGGGUACAAGCAGGAGACAGAGUGGCUGAGGCAAGCUUUGUUUCAGAGCCUGCUACCUUUGAUGCUGGUCCUACUGAAGCUUCCUCCAAGGGCAGCCCCUUCCCAGCAAUCAACCAUGUGAUAACAAUACCUCGGAUAAUCCUCACGCGCCCUUCCACAUCUGAUGAAGAUGCCGACCAGUUGCCCCCAGACCCUGAUGACUUUGAGCCUGAGGAGCCGGACAGCGCAGAAGGCCAUGCCUAUUCAGACUGUUUGAGCAGUGCUUUUUAUUCUCCCUAAUAAAGUAUUUUUCUGGAAGGAGUUCAUGGGUGGUUUUCUUUCCCUUUGAUUAUGUUUAAUGUAGCACUUGAACCACUAUGCCUUAUUUAUAGUGAAAACCAUUACAUGGAGGAUGAGUUUGAGCUGUGGGAGCAGAACUCUGAAUUUCUUUGUCCUGAACUCUCCUUCGGCAAGAACUUGCAAGCCCGAAAUGAAAUGCACUGGGUCAAGUUAUAUGAAUGUCACCACGUGUUUCAGCAGCCACUCCUAAAGCUAUCCUGCAGCACCCAAAUGUAAUGGUGAAAAAAGCAGGUGGGUUUUAUUCAGAAGGUACUUUACCCAUUUGGAAACACACUGAAAACAAUUGUACAGUUUGGUGGGAUUU